UCACCCUAGGUUUUGUUUUGGUCCGGGUGUUUUAAUUUUACACGAAAUUCCUCGGCUUUAUCCAAGAAAGUGAUGAACCAGGAGGCGGUAGUACCACCCGAGUACUGUCACUUCUUCAAGACCCUGCUGGUGGAGGAGCUCGAGCUGGAGACGGACCUUCAGAAGCUGCACUACGGCCAGUGCGCAGUAAUUGGACGACUGGUGCUCGAGUCGAAAUUCUAUCGCUUGGAAAACGUGCGCGUUAAGAGCCUGCCAGAGAACCUAUCCCUGCCCGAGGGCACCAUAUCCCUGCUCCUUUUGGGACUCACCCGCGAGAAGGCCGUCGAGCAGAGCGUGUCCAUCGGUUCCUAUUGCAUUGUGCGCGGCGAAGUGGUCCUCUGCAAUGUUGUGCAUGCCAACAGUCGCACACUGACCGCCCGCGGAGUCCACGAAAAGGUCUCCAGUCUGUCCCACGAUCCUGCCGCCCAAAAGGAGUUCCUCAGCUGGCUGCGGCUCACCCACAAACCGGCCAUCGACUUGUGGUUUAUCCAGUCCAUCGACCGACCCGAAGAUCUGCUUUGCCGCAGGCUGGAGAUCCGGGGGCUGACCGUGAGAUGA